CGCUUUAUUUCAUCACCGUGACGUCCCCGCACGCGAGCGAACGUGCCGGUAUCAAUCGCAGCUCCCGUCCUCCGAUGUCAAACAACGACAUGUUUAUAAACGGAGGGAUGGAUGGAUGGAUGGCCGGAGUGCGAUUCAUCUACAGUGAGGAAGUCACAGAGAGGACAGCAUUGCCCUCAGAAGGACCGUGCGAUGCGAACGAACUGCUCAAAAAACACAAAAAUCUGAACACACACGCACACACACGCAACGACGUCACUGCCUGGGUGGCCGUGAUGCGGCUGCUUCGUCCUCCUCACCGCCACGUUGAAUGUGCCCAGCCGUGCAAAGUUGACCCAGAAGCCCCGAUAGAACGCCAUGGGGCCCUCACCAAGAGUCUUGACCACACAGUCAAUCGGACCUGCUUGUUACGCGGAGAUAGAAAACAAUCGACGCUGCCUCGUUCGAUCGCCUGCGAUGGAUGGGGGCUCGCCUACCCUUGUAGUCGCCCGGUUUGGCGUUCAUGAUUCGUGUCUUGAGCACAUCCACGGGCGACCCCACAAUCGUCGUCACAAAACCAGCACCCUGCCAAGAAGCCAAGCAGAGAGGGAAUGGGACAACACACAACACAUUGAUGGACUCCGUCCACACGUGGUGUUGUUUGCACGGCGCGGCGGUUGGCUGACCAGAGCAGCGGUGAAGUGCAGGGGGAGGCCAUCCUGUCAUGUCAGUGGAGGAGCACCACGGAAGGUGAGGACACAGAUCGGCCAAUGUGUUCUUUGUGUGCCCUGUCUGACCUUCAUGAGCUUCCUCUUGAGCAGCUCGAUUUUGAUGGUGUCGUACGCAGCCAGCUCAGACGAACAUAUGAUGGAGUUGCGGACGAUGUUUGGACCCUGUGGACGAGAUAUGCACACAACACACACAAUCCAUUUUCUCGCCCGAUAAGGAUCGGUGCAUCCGUGCCUACCACUCCCGUCCAUAGCUUGAAGAAGCCCUCAUCGACCACUAUCCGCCGAUACGCAUCGAUGCUGCCCGUGUACCUGAACACGUCAACACACACUCUCACUCGAGCAUCAUCCAGCCAUCACCAGUCGCCUCUCAUUGUCACCUCGGUGGUGCGCCAGGCGGCCUCCGUGCGUCAGCCUGCAGCCUUAUCUUGACGAGGUCAGUGGGGUUGGCCACCAGCAUACCGAUGGCGCCACUCGUCAGGCCGGCAAGGAUGCGCUGCAUCAGAGUGGGCGGACCUGACUGGCCGCCGCAAUACAGAUCACGGAUCUGACAAGGGAGCAGAGAAACAUACGAGUGACCUCACAGAGAGAUGGCUGGCUGUGCGCUGCUCUCUUACAGGGGCGUACAAGCUCAUUCUCAAAGUGGCAAAAACCAGCUGCCGCUGCACACCCGCACUCAGACCCUUCCACGGCGCGAACACACCCUCACGCUUGACGAGACUCUGGAGCGUCGGGAAGACGCCCACACUCUCGCCCUUGGUAAUCUGCACCACACCACACAAACCACACGAGGGCAAAACUGCUGCAGUGCAGUGAUGUCACUGCAGUCAUCGCGUGGCUGAAAGGUGACCUGCAUGGCGACUUUGAUGGUGUCCAUCGGCAGCGUCACCAACUCUGAAUCAACAGCACAGCACAGCACACAUGCACACAUACGCACGCACAGAUCAGCCGAACAGCAGACGCACUUCAUCCCUCUCGCACUCACCGGCAGACGCGCCAGCGGCACCGGAGCACAUAGCUGACUUCAUGAAACUGAUGUCCGAAUUCAUGGCGACAAGCGGCACGCCACUGCACUGCUGGGUCACCUUGCACAGAUGCGACCCUCACCAACAGCCGAAAUGAGCCAACACAGCAACCACACCCCGACGAAGAGAUCUGCUGAGCAAGAUCAACUCAAAACCGACGUGAUCUGCCCCUCCGCCCUCAGCGCAGCCCGUACCCUCCC